GGAAGAUGCGUGACAUUCACGGGUGGUGGCGAACGCGAAAAGGUGCCUGCCACACAAAAGGACAGCACACCACAUGAUGAAGAGACGGCAGCCUGACAUGCCUUGCCGCCCCUGCCGCUUGCCUCGCCGCUUGCAGGUGCUGCUGCUUGCGUUGCUGGUUGUUGCAGCAGCUGCAGGGAGCGGUGCACACGCCAGCAUCCACAGGAGGCGACGAGGGCCAUCGUGGCCAUCACCGCCAGCAGCGUUCAAGGAUGUGACCAGCGCGAUCCGGCGAGGCUGGAGCACGAGGCCACCCAACGUGCCCUCGCAGUACUUUGUAGAGAAGAAGACAACCAACGAUGGCGGCGUCCUGUUUGUGUACACGCACAGCAAGGGUGUGGGGAGCGCUGCAAGCGUUAGUAGCGGUGCAAGUGGCAGCGGUAACGAGGGUGGCCACGGCGACGAUUCGGCGCUACCACCCUGCGAUGUCUCUGCCGUCAUUAGCUAUCGCGAGCGCAUCGAUCCAAUCCACCAGAUUGUACAAACACGGCUGCGCCAGAAGGGCGUGUGCCAUUUCCACCUCGUCGUUGUCCUGUGGGACGUGGCAUGGACCAAGCAUCAGGUCGAGGAGUAUGUUCGUGUCCUGAAGACGCGACCGCGAACGACGCUACUGAUCCAUCGUGGAUCGUUGACGUGCUACAUGUGCCUGCGCAACAUGGCACUGCCGUACAUCGCCUCCUCCAAAUACACCCUCUGGGCAGACCACGGCACCCUAUGGAAGGACAAGUACGUUGCGUUGUGUGUUUGUACAAGUGUGUGUGCCCCCCCCCCCUUUCGGUUGGGUUUUCAGGGGGACAAUUAUUUGAGGGGGUUCACACCCACAGAUUGGGCGGAACCUUCAUUUUUCCUUCCCCGCAAAACGUUUAUAUUUUUAAACAAAGGUGCGUUUGGCCUGUGUUUGUUCGUGUGUGUUAGAGCGUUUUUUUUCCCCCCCCCCGGUUUCUUGCCAAUCGGGGCACCCCAUCCUAACGCCGCCAACAUUCAUGACCCCCACCGUCACCACCGCAGGCCCCACUUUGACCCUGGGGCCCACGGCCCCUUUUUCCCCCCCCUGAGUAUCCCCAUCUUCCGGCGGUUUGGUCGCCAGCGCCAAGUGGCGCAGGUCAGGGGUGAAGGCGCCUUUUUUUUUCCCGUGUCCGGCUACGAGGUGAGCGACUUUAUCAAUUUCGUUUGGCAAUGGGACCCAAUGACCAACAUCCAACACAACCAUUACACCAACGCGCGCAACGGCUUUCUCGACCUCAACUACAGGUGCAUCCACAGCGAUGUGACGUCGCGGUUGUCUGAGAUGUCCAUGGUGGAGCGCGUACCGGACGAGCCGCAGACGCACGCGGCGCUGAUCUUGGCGCACCUCGGGCUUGCCUUCUGGCACGAGUUCUGCUUCGUCAGCGGCGCAGACGUGAGUGCAGCCACGCAUCCCAUGCAGCUGCCACGUGACAGUGUCACCUCAAACUUCACGUGCGACCGCUGGCUCUCCUUGCCAGAGGCGCUUGGCAUGCAGCCGUUUAUGCCCAGCAGCGGCAUUGUGUUCCGCAGCAACUUUGGCAUCUUGCAGUCUGCGCCCUUCAACCUGACGGCUGCGGACGAGCUGCGGCGCAUCUGGGAUGAGCCCCUCAAGUCGCUGCCGUGGGAGCGCGUGACCAAGCUGGCAGAGGGUACGGUGGAGACAAAGUGCCUGGAGCGGCGCCAUGCGAUUGCCGUCAUCUCGGGCCUUGAUCCUGACAAGGUGCCGGGUCACCUCCGCCUGCUGCGCAACCUGCGCCACCUCUCAUCGCUCGUACUGGAAGAGACGGUUCUGGCGAACACCAUCAAGGACGUGACGCGAACGCAGCUCUGGAUUCUGCUGAAGACACGCCCCCUGAAGCAGACGCCAGUGCCACUGCGCUCGUUUGCAGCGUUGCUGGACGACGUUGUGGAGCAAGUGCGCGCGCAUAACGCGCAGGGCAGCGGCCGCUUCCUGAAGGUGCAGUACCUCUCGGCAGAGGGCGACGCCUCGGAGCAGCACGUGUUGUGGACGGCGGGCUUGAAAGUGCGCGGCGUGCGCCACUACCGCGUCACUCUGCAGGAGCUUGAGGAUGCACUCAGACCCGAGUGGUGAUUGUGUGCGUGUGCGUUUGACUGUGCGUGCGUGUGCGUGCGUGUGCGUGCGUGUGUUUAACCGUGCGAUUUCGUUCGUCCCCUUCUUGUGCACACCAUGUUCACUUUCCUUCUUGCCUAGAUGAUGACCUAGUUGACAGUUACGUUACUUGCAGACAUUACAGAGCCAACACCAAG